CGCAGGCAGCGCAGAUUGGAAGACGUGUUUGGGUGACGUCAGCGUGAACUGCAAUGCAAUUGGUUAAAAAUAAAAUAAGCACCGCCCAUAUGGCUGCUUUUCUAUAAAAGCCACCAAACGCGCUCAGUCGUGUCGCGUGUUUAGGUUCUGUGGCGUUUGGAAGUGGUUUGGUAAAAACAUAUUUUUGUGGCAGGUUUCAUGAUGUUGUGUUCACCUGUCGUUGAUAAAAAAGGAUAAUCUGAAUUUCGUAAACCAUUUUCUGAAAAAUAUCUUCUGGAAAGUCCGGCUAAACCAGUAUGGCAGGGAAAGGCAGGGGUAUAGCAGCUUUUACCUUCAACAUAGAGGCGCUGGGACUCAGCAGAGGAUCCAUGCCUGAGACUCAGCGAGGCCCACAGCCAAUGUUUCCUCAAAUCGAAUUCAAACCAGUGCCUCUAAAGGCUGGCGAGGAUGAAGACUACAUGCUGGCUUUAAAACAAGAGAUCAGAGGGAAAAUGAAAGGCCUGCCUUUCAAUAUAAAGCCCCCCUCAGGCAAGAACGAUGUUGAACGGUAUAAAGAAAAAUACAUAAGGGAAUGCCGUAAAAUUGAGGAUGAAGAAUGGACACCAGACUGGAACCGUCUUCCAAAGGAACUAAUGCCCCAGAAGAAAAAAAUAAGAAAGAAAAUUGACUGUAAGAAAUCCACAAAAGUCUCAAGCAAAGAUAAGGAGGCUUUGCUCUCUAAACUGGAUGAGCUUGAGAAGAGGGGUGAUGACAAAUCAGAUGAGGAGAAAGAGGAAAAAAAGAAAGGUGAAGAGGAUGAGGAAGAGGAAGUUGAAGGAGAGGAGUAUGAAGAAGAAGAGCUUGAAGAGGAAAAUGACUACAUAGCAAACUACUUUGAAGAUGGUGAUGAUUACGGAGCCGGCAGUGAUGACAAUAUGGAUGAAGCCACAUACUGAUUUGUAAUGAUUGCUCUGAAACUCAAUGUUCUUUUUGUUCCUCACAUCAAAAGGGGAAGUGAUUAUUUAUGUUCUUUGCUACCUGCAAGUAAAAUAUUAACAAACAAACAAGAUUUGGAGAUUCGGGUACUAAAAUAUAGUUCAUUUAUUUUCAAACUGCAACUACGGUCUAAAGGCCGAAGGCACGUACUGCUCAAAUUUGUCAUUUAACAAAACUCUCAUGGUCAAGAGAAAAUAUUACAACUUGAAUUUCCACUUCAGUAUUUAAGAACCGUUCACAUCACUGUGUCCUGGUAAGAGUUAAAUAAGGAGUUCACAACUGUAGGCAGACAGCUUUCCAAGCAAUGUUAAAAAGAAAACAUUAGCAACAUUAACACUGAUUGUAACCAUUUCCAUCCUCUAAAAUAAAUUAGUGUGCACGUGUGUAUAUCCCUGACACCAAGACAGAGACAUCAGCCGUCUCCAAGUUACAUUUUGAUUAAAUCAGUUGUUUACUGUUAAAGCAAACACGUAAGUUAUGUAGCUAUGUCAGCCCAUGUGAAGGGGAAACUGUGCAAAAUGCAAGACAACUGCCUGUGGGAACUGAGCCAGAUGAAUCUAGUUCAAACCUUAUGCCAGAGCAGUGCCAAGUUCAAUACAUGGCACUAUUUGCUUAAUUAAGUCCAUCUAUGGCAUUAUAAGUUGAAACUAGUGUCCACAGCCUAUAAUCAUUCCUCAUAUUAAAGGAUGAGUUCAACUGUUUUGAACCAAACACUAAACUGUCAUUACUCUGACAUGGAUUGGGUAAUGCCUCAAAUUGAAAACUGUAGCCUUAAGCCAAUAAUUAUUCCCAUCUCAGCUGUCUGUAGAGACUUUAAAUUACUGACUUAAACUAAUCUAUUAAUUACACUGACGCACUGACAAUAGCCGAGAUUCAAUUCACCUUCCCGACUCUUCUGUCUUCUAAAUGGGAAUUCCGCCCUUUUUUAAAUUUCUGCAUAAAGAAAUCAUUCAGUGUGGUUUGAUGUGAAAAGCUCCAUUCAAACUUAGUCAGACUUGUCCACAGUGGUGGUGAUGGGAACAAGACAUCUGAAGAACUGAAUGCCCUUAAAAGCCACCACCUAGCAAGUUAUUAUAUGAAACUGUUAUGAAUGUUACCUGAGGCUGAAAACAUUAUUUUACAAUAGAACUGGCCUAAAAUGUAUUUUUCAAAAUACAUUCAUGGUAGAGAGGUACGUAUAGGUUCUGUGGUCAUUUUGGAUAGCAAAGGAAAUUA